AUGGCUUCAACACCUACUACCACCCAACGGUCACGUCAACUGCCUGGCCUGGCCUGCGAUGAGUGCCGCAGACGAAAGCUUCGAUGCGAUAGAGUCCAGCCACAAUGUGGCGUUUGUCGCGAUUCUGCCACAACCUGUGUAACUACUACAACGCGCCAGCCUCGUGGUCCCAAAAGAGGACAUCUUCGCGCCCUCCAGUCUCGAAUAGUCGCCCUUGAACGUCGCUUGAGCAGCGACAGAACGUCCGAGGAUACCACCGACGACGAUUUCACACGCCUUCCCGAUGACCUGGACACUUUCGCUACCCCAGACCAACAAGCAUUUUCGGAUCUUAUCCCCCAAGAUGCUCGCGACUUGUUCGAAAAAGAAGCCUCAAGCAGUGACUUGGCACACAACUUUGAAGUCGAUUCCGUCUUUUCCCAGUUGAACUCGGCCAUGGCACUUCCAAUCACAAGACUAUCCCCAGUCGACUUUAUCUCCGAGCCCAUGCGCUCAGACCUAAGCCAUCUCUAUUUCGACCGCGUUCACAGUUUUUUCCCCAUUCUCAACAAGCGACACUACUUUGUGCGAGCCCGAAGAUCGCAUUAUGAGCAAGAGGAUGAGGCAUUUUACUGUCUGCAGCAUGCCAUGUGGACCCUCGCAGUUUCUACUUCGAGUCAGUUCCAACACAUCCAAGACGACCUGUACGCACACACACAUCGUAUGAUUGAGAACCUAGAGCAGCGAUAUCUCAACGCCGAGUGCAUGCGAUUAGAGCAGGUGCAAGCCCGGGCUUUGCUCACCAUCUAUGAAUUCAUGCGCGUGGGUUAUAGAAAAGCAUGGAUGAGUGCAGGCAAGUGCUUCCGCUUCGCUAUGCUCAUGAAACUCCACAACAUCGAUGGACGCGAUGGUGUCGCAUCGUUAUUACUCCAAAAUCUCACCUUUGUCGAAAUUGAAGAGCGAAGGAGAACCUUUUGGAUGGCCUAUACCAUUGAUCGAAUCAUUAGCCUAUUGGACCGGCUACCGGUCACGUUUGAUCAGCAUACCAUUCUCACCCGGCUGCCCUGCCCCGAAAAGGAAUUCCAGUCCGACGAGCCGACAAUCAUGGAUUUCCUACCCAGCCCGCUGCUGGUAUCCGAAUCCAAAAUACCAUCCACAUUCACAGAUUCAAUCCAACUUGUCGCAAUAUGCGGACAGUUGUUGUCGCAUCAGCAGCAAGGCGUUGUCGAGCAUGCGCAAGGCUUGAUCUCGCUUGGGUUCUGGGAUAGGCAACAACAACUGGAUGCAAGACUAGAACAAGCCAUUCAGGGCAUGGCUCUCGACGACCCAUACGCCUUGAUCUUCCAAGAUCCAAUGGCGUAUUUCACAGUGCUGGCCGCCCAGGCAUCAAGCCUCAUGUUAUUCAAAUCUAGUCAGAUAGCCCCAUGGGGCACAACUGACGGCCUCGAUGUUGUUGCCGAAUGCGAAAAGAAAGCAAUGGCCGCCGCGCAGCAAAUGAUCAUGAUGUCCAAGGCUUUGGUCGAACUCAGCUACUUCAAGAUCCAUCCAUUUACUCCAGUCCUUCUCCACUUCUGUGGAGACUUCCUCAUUUCCAACCAUCACCUCGAUCCCACCUUCGAAAUGCGCCUAACGCUACAAACUGUGCUACAAGCCCUGAGCCCAGUAAACGUCAUUGCACAAGAAUGUGUAGAUAGACUAAGGAUAGUUGACUAA